AUGAGCAUGAGCAUUCCUAAGGACCGUUUCCUCUCUAGUGAAGAAGAAGUUGAGCUAGCCCGGAGUAAUAAGAAAGUCAAGGACGUGAACCACGUAGAUUAUAAUUUUAGCAGGGAAGCGGAAGCUAUUAGACAGGACAGAUACGAAAGGAAUAGUUUGUCUUUCAAGGAUAAACUUAUGGGUGAAAUUCCAGGAGCCUAUAAUCAAGCUUUUGAGUUGAAUGAGAAUAUGGAAUCUAAUGAGGACUCAGACGAAGAGGUGGCUGAACUUCGAAAUGGUGUUGCAGCGGUGACGCUAUCCAAAAAGGUGAAACAACGGAUUAGAGCUCCCUGGGUGAACUCUUUGAUUGUGAAAGUUUAUGGCAGGUCAGUGGGGUUUCUUUUCUUGCAAGCUAGGCUUAUUUCUAUGUGGAGACCGUCGGGGAGGAUGGAUAUUAUUGAUUUGGCGAAGGAGUUCUAUCUUGUCCGAUUUGGGCUGAAGGAAGAUUUCUCAAAGGUGUUGGAGAAGGGUCCAUGGUUUAUUGGAGAACAUUUUCUCUCCAUUAGACCAUGGGAGCCUAACUUUAAACCUUCAUCAGCCAAUAUCUCAUCGGUUGCAGUUUGGAUUAGAUUAACAGAGUUACCUAUCAAAUAUUAUGAGAUGGAUGUGCUUAAGAAGAUUGGUAAAGCUGUGGGAAAUGUUUUGAGGACCGAUACUUAUACGGCGACAGAAGCAAAGGGAAGAUAUGCAAGGCUAUGUAUUCAGGUGGAUGUUGAGAAACUGUUAGUCACGUCGGUGAACAUUGGCGGUCUGGAUCAGCCAAUCAGUUAUGAAGGCAUUCAUAAGUUGUGCUUCUCGUGUGGCCAGAUUGGGCACCGGAUAGACGACUGUGUGUAUUUACUCAGAGCCACCUCACCUAAGGAGAAGGCCGAUACGGAUGCGCAGAGUAACAUGGAGAGGGCCGAUAUGGGUGCGUAG